CCGCCACAACAUGGCGGCCGCGCGCUGCCUGGGCUGGCCGCUGUCACCGCUAUGGAGGCUGUGGCAGGCUCGGGGGUUGCCACAAAAUUCGGCCGCGGGCUGGUGCUCGCGAGGGAGGCCUUACUCCCGCUCUGCCCUCUACGAGACGCUGGGCGUCCCCUCCACGGCCACGCAGGAGCAGAUCAAAGCGGCGUACUACCGGCAGAGCUUCCUCUACCAUCCUGAUGGCAAUCCCGGGAGCCCCGAGGCCGCCUAGCGCUAGCGCUUCACGCGCAUUGCCGAAGCUUAUCGAGUCCUGGGCAGCACCAUCCUCCAUCGCACCAUACUUGUCAUUCUCAAGUAUGACAGAGGUCUGCUCAGCGACCAGGACCUGCGCGGACCCGGUGUCAGGCCCUCUAGGGCACCCCCGGAAUAUUCCCCUCCUCCUACUUGCCCUCCUCCCCAUGCCCCUCGGGCUCACUAUGGCUCUCGGGCCUUUCCCGACUUUGACGCCUUCUACCAGGCGCACUAUGGAGAACAGCUAGAAAGAGAGCAGUGUCUGCGCGCCCUGAGGGAGGCCCUUCGCAAAAAGCAGGAGGACCAGGCCAACAAAGGGCUACGCUGGAAUGAUACCCGAGAUGCCACUUUCAUUGUCCUCCUUUUCCUCAUCUUCGUCUUCAUUGGCUUUCGUAUUUAAACGGAGAAACGGAGGGAAGGGGAACCAGCCCAAGAAACUUGCCUUUCUUGACCUUUGAACUAUUGUUCUUGGAAUGAAUUGACUACCUCUGGUGGCGUUCCCUUGACUCUCCUAGCACCUUCCCAACCUGGCUGGUGAUCCACACAGCCUUCUCCUAUGGUCCAGAAAAAAAAAAAAAAAAAAAAACCUUCCAUGGCCAAGAAAGAGGUCCCAGGAGAAAGAUAACCGAAAACCAUGAAAGUACGUGCUUUCCAGAGCCGCCCCUGGGUGCCUGCUUGUUUCCAGAAGUUGCCUUCCACAUGUCAACUCCCAGAACAAGUGCUCUGGUUUUAUCCUGAAGCCCUUAGCAAGCCUUGUCUGGUCCCCUACCUCAUGUUUAUACCAUGGGGCAGCACUUCCUCUGUAACCCUUGAACCGUGCCAAUCUUUUUGUCCUCUGUCAAAAAGAUUAAUUCUUGGGGCUAGCCUGAAACUUGUCUUUCUGUGUUACCCCAAGCCACAGGUGAGACUUGAUCAACCAUCCAGCAGAUGCUGGGGAUGUAGCUCAGUGAGAGAAUAUGCUAGCAUGCAGCAGGCACUGGGUUUGGUUCCCAGCAUUGCUGUUGUCCUGUGACCCCUUUCCCCUCCAAGAAAAAAGUUAGUGAAAGAUUGCCAUUUUCUUAGGUCUGUUCCACACUGCCUCUCUCACGUGAAAACAAGGAAGCCAAGCCCUUGAGUAAGAGGUUUGUGUUCCUGUGUUCAAACUUAUCUAGGUUGUGACCUUGGAGAAGGUGCCCGUGGGUGUGAUAGCAGAAGAGUAAAUAAUUUGCUCUCCUGAGGUCUGUCACUAUUAAGUAUUCUACUCACGGUACUGAAGUAGGGUGAUACUACUUAGGCCAAGUUCUUGGGACAGUGUUCCUGUCCUUGGUCUGCCUUUUCCUAGCCACUUGCAUUGCUAACUGAGCAGUCUGCUGACUGUGACAAGACUUAGCAGCCCUUGAGUGUGGCCCAUGCAUCUGCAGUGCUGAUCAGAGGUGCCACGAGUCAAAUCUUUCUAACAGGCUCUUGGAUUAUGUGAGUAAUUUUGGGUCCUGGAGUAGAAGCAGCAAGAAGCUCACUAAUUAAGAUGGAGUUGGAGCUCCUUUGUCCCCACUAGCCUGCCUGCAGCGAGCUAGGUAGGUCCUUUGUUUACGAGAUACAGCAAGCAGCAAGGAGUUCUGGUCCAGGCACCAGGAGAGACAUCACUGGGGUGAGUGAGUUUCUGACCGUGGCAGCAGCCCGGGACAGGGAACUCAGACACCCCUCCUACACUUCCUGGUCAUCCUCAGGGGCUAC